AUGAAUAAAUGCAAAAGCUGUCAAAGGCUGACAUUAAGGAAAUGUCGCGAGUGCCGAUAUAUUUGUGAAAGUCACUCAUUAGAUUGUAAUGCCAAAGGACAUGUUAUGAAUUCUGACUUGAAUUAUGCUGAUCAGUCUAAUUUAAAGAAGCUAGAGGAUUCUUUACAAGAAGCAAUAAGGAAAAUUGAAAGUGACAUGAAAAAAGUAAAGGAAGAAGGCAUUCGGCUUAUAAACUAUGCUCAAAGAAUUGUUUUUGAGGCUGAGCUUUCUCUUGAUGCACUGCGGAGAAGAUUUAGUUGCCAUUUAAAGGAUAUUUUAGAUUUUAAGCAACGCGUGAGAAAUAUUUCGGAAAAUGAUGAAAAUAUUGGGUUAUUCGUCCUAGAUGAUAUAUAUUUAAAAAUGAUUAAAGACCCAGCUGCAUAUUCCUCUUUUAUAGAGGAUUUAUAUAAGUUUGAAUUUAAUGAAGAAAUUUAUAAAUAUUCUGUUUUUCUUUAACUCUCUUAUUUUCUGUAAAAUUAAUUUUUUAAAAAUAAAUUAUUUAUGUUUAAGAAACUCUUACAAUUUUUUUAUACAAAAUUUUUGAAAUUUCCUCAUUAUGGGACGAAAAAUUCCAAAAUAUUGAACAACGGGAACUGAAAAAAUCCCAAGAAUUAUUGUCAGGCUUUAAAGCGCCAAUAGAAAAAAUUCGAGGUUUUCUCGACGAAAUGAAGCUAGAAGAAGGGCCUUUUCAAAAUGUUCUUCUAGAGUGUUUAUAUCUAAAUAGCCAUGGAAAAAUUCACGAGUACUUAUCAAUGGAAGAAUUUUUAAAAGAUAUCGACCAAGACGACCCCGAAGGAAAAAAACGAAAAGACACCAACCCAGAAACUUUAAAAAUUUUUUUUAAAAACGAAAACGAAGAAGAACAAAAACAUGAAGACACCGUUUUUGAGAGCGUUUUAAAGCUAAAUUCAGAAAUAACGCAAAUUAAUAUGAAACAGUACCCACACAUUCAAGCUUAUGGAAGCUGAAUUUUGGGAUCAUUAAAAGUCUUGCCAAAUCUAAAACACCUGAAUUUAGAAAAUACAGAUUUGUCCCAUAAUUUUCAACAAAUUGUGAAUGGAAUGGGGAAGUUGGUUAACCUUGAAAUUUUAAACCUUGGGUCGUGCAAUAUUAAUGAAGAUAGAGCUAUUAUUUUUUCAGAAAUUAUGCCGAACUUCAGAAAUUUGACACAUUUGUAUCUUUCUCAUAAUGAAAUAAAAAAUAACGUGGGAUAUAUUGUGAAAAACAUUGUUAAGCCACAGAAAAUGGUUUAUUUGGACCUUACUCCCCCUACGUGAGCGAGCAAAACCAUUAGAAAAAUUCCUAUUUUUUGCCCAAAAGCCCACCCUCCGCGAGCGUUAAAUUUUUUAUGAAAAAAAUAAUUGAUAUAUAAGAGAUAAUUAUUAUAGCAAAAUCUCUAGCUAAUUCUGAUUAAUUUUAAAACAGCUUGCGCUUUAAAAUCAAGUUAAAUUAAUUUUUGCUUACAAAUUGAUUUUUUUUUUAGUUCUGAAAAAAAAAUUCUAUAAAAUUUAUAUAUAAAUAUUUUAAAAGAAAAUUUUAACCCUCCUCAAUUAGCGAACAAAAAAUUUUGUUCGCCCCUAAGGGGGGAGUUAGCUUUAAUAGCAUAGCGGAAGGAUAUUUCGAUAUCUCUGAUGCUUUAUAAAUAAAAUGGCAUUCGAUUCGAGAGAAAUUAGCUCUGCUAAUUUUCUCUACCUCAUGAAUUUAUUUAGAUGGAGGUUUUCUUUCGAAAACUUCUGCACAGCAGCAGUAGUUUAACUCUAGGGAUAACCAGAGGAACUGCUCUUCAGUGCAUCAAGAGGCCCAGGGUUUUACCUCUCAGCACAUCUCUACGGAAAGUUGCAAUUAGGCGAAACACGCGCAGGAGCUGAGUCAGGGCAGGGUGACGGCAGCGCACCGAGUGAGACGUACGGCGAGGACUGGUGACGAUACUUUGAUAGAAGGCUUGGCCGGUGGGCUGACCACCUUGUUCCAAGAUGGCUCAGUGACGCCACUAGUUUAGUUAUAUCCCUAUUUAUUAGGGUGGCACUAGACAUCUUAAACACCAGAUUAAUUAAGAUUAAGAUUAUAUAUCUCUGAUGCUUUACUCAAAAUGGCUAAUCUAGAAUACUUGCAUUUAGGAGGAAACAACAUUAAGAAUGGGCUAAAUGAAAUAGCAGAUUCUUUUCUAAGCUGCAACAGCCUUUUUCAAGCACAAUUUUCUAAUAUAGACUUUUUAGACGAAAUUUAUGCGCAUGUUGCAGAUGGGAUUUCUAAUCUAAAAUAUCUAAAAGUACUGAGGCUGGCUAACUUAGGAGAAGAACAUGAGAGAAGGUUCAAAAGGUCUCAUACAGAUUGCCUUGUGUAUAGGGAAAAAAUGAACCCUAACGACAAUACUCAUGAGGUUUUAUUAGUUAGGUAA